AACUCAAAGUCUAAAGCUGAUUUUAACUGAGCUGACAGUAAAGUGCUCUCUACAGUCACUUACACAGAGAUUGUGUUUUUUAAAUUUAUUUACUGAAGUUUCUGAAGUUUAGAAUAUCACACAUAUUUACGUAUUCACUCAAUUUAAAUUUAUUUUUUUCUGAGCCAUGACUUCCACCUGUGAGCCUUUGGAGAUCACUGGCGAUGAGCUGGUCCACAUUCUCAGGACGCCCCGGGACCAGUGCUCCUCUGCCGGCUGUGUGGUGCUGGACUGCAGGCCUUUCCUUGACUUUUCCCUGACGCACAUCUGCGACUCCCGCAAUGUCAACUGGAACUCCAUGCUGCGGCGGAGAUCCAAGACCUCAGUGGUGGCUCUGGAGUGGCUCAUCCCGGACAAGGCGCUGCUGGGGCGGCUGCAGCGCGGGGAGUUCUCCGCUGUGGUGGUGGUGGAUGAGAACAGCCGCUCCGUGGCCGAGUUGAAGCCAGAGAGCGUGGCCCAGAUGCUGCUCGCGGCUCUGCAGAGCGAGGUCCACACGCAGAUCUGCUUCCUACAAGGUGGAUUUGAGAGAUUUUCAGAAGCUUGUCCAGAGCUCUGUUACAUCUGUGCCAGCAGCCUCCUCUCUACAGCAGAGCCAGAGCCAACAGGCCGGAAAACACCAGCAUACGAUCAGGACGGUCCAGUUGAGUUGCUGCCCUUCCUGUUUCUGGGCAGUGCUGUCCACUCGUCGCGCAGAGAGACUCUGGCAGCGGUGGGCAUCACAGCGCUGCUCAACGUUUCCUCCACCUGCCCCAACUUUUACGAGGGGGAGUUUGAGUACCUGCGUCUCACUGUGGAGGACAGCCUGGCUGCUGACAUCGGAGCCUGCUUCUCCACCGCCAUCGCCUUCAUUGACUCUGUAAAGCAGAGUGGUGGCCGGGUGCUUGUGCACUGUCACGCAGGUAUCUCCCGCUCUGCCACCAUCUGUCUGGCGUACCUCAUGCACACACAGCGCGUGCGGCUGGACGAGGCCUUUGACUUUGUGAAGCAGCGGCGUCACGUCAUCUCGCCGAACCUGGCCUUCAUGGGACAGCUGCUUCAGUUUGAGACUGACGUUCUCUGUAGAGGAUGAAGACUCGGGCGUUUGCUCUGUGCUGGACUCGUAUGUACAAAAUAAAUGUUUGUACCAUCAAAACUAGUGCAGAUGUAAAAACCCUGUGAAUUCAGAGGAAAACUUACUCAUGACUGGGUCUGAAUUCUACAAAUUCACACAAGGGAUCUGUGUUUGUUUUGUGAACCACUGUUUACAAUACAAACCACAUUAUGAACAACUGUGAUCCUGAGCCAGCAAUGAUGAAAUCCCCCUAAUAUUUCAUACUCAAGGGUAAUUGCAUCUGUUUAUGUGUUUGUGUGUUCCUUUGUUUGACUUGUGUGCCUGGUCAUCUGUAAGGGCUUCACCGCCCUGACAGCUGUGAAAUGACACCUUUUUUUAAUGAGACAACACUGUUACCUACUCAUAGCAAUAAUACAUAAAUCUCUAGUUUUAUGGUUCAAUUUAUGAAAAUGCACUAAACUGAGGCCUCUUUGGGGGUCAAAUCAUUCUGUGUCCUGAGAAAAAUGACUCUCAAACUGGAAAAAAUUGUAUUUUUAUAUCAUGUAAAUAGAUUUUUUUUUAUUAUUAUUAUCGUUGUUUCUUAUUUAUUAUUGCAGCAUUUGUUACAACACACUAAUGCUGUCUGUUACUGCACUUUAUACCUACAAGGUUUGGCUGAUUCCUGCUGUUUUGCCAGUGAAAUAAAAACACAGUGGAGGGCA